AACGCCUGCACUCGAUCGAUCAUUUACAUCACUGCUGGAGAGAGAGCGGGUACCCCCUUCACUGUCCCUCGAAUACUCCUCUGAAUACAUAUUCUCUCCCGUCCCUUCCUUUUUCUCUAGUGAUUCAGUCUUUAAUUCCCUAACAAUCACGCGCCCUCCUCCUGUAUCGACGGUCAUUUCAUUGUGACGAUUUCUUCGCAAUCAGUAUGAAGAUCCGAGCAGCUCUUGCGCUGAGCGCAACGGCAUCCGCAGGCGUUCUCGCCGCCGUAAUCCCACAGCAGGCACUGUUGAAUAACCCACAAAUCCAUUACGAAAAUACAAAAUACCUUAUAGAGUUGGCCCCGUAUCAAACAAGAUGGGUGACGGAAGAAGAAAAAUGGGCUUUGAAAUUGGAUGGCGUGAAUUUCAUUGACAUCACCGAGGAGCGAAACCCCGGGUUUUACCCCACACUGCACCAGGCUAGUAACGUCCGGUAUCCGACGAAGAUGGAUCAUGUCGAUGAGGUUGUCGGCUUGACCCGCGGCCUCACCAAGGCCAACAUGGAGCGGGAUCUGGAGAAGUUCACCUCCUUCCAUACCCGCUACUACAAGUCCCAGACCGGAAUCGAAUCGGCGACGUGGCUCUACAAUCAGGUUCAGACGGUGAUCGAAGAAUCUGGGGCAGCGGAACAUGGCGCGACCGUGGAUCGGUUCGCCCAUCCGUGGGGCCAGUUUAGCGUUAUCGCUCGCAUUCCAGGCAAAUCGAACAAGACGAUCGUAUUAGGCGCCCACCAAGACAUCACGAUCUUGGAGGCGUUGCGUGGUCUGCUGCAGUCAGACACCGUGGCCCAAGGUAAGGCGCCGAAUACGAUCGAGUUUCACUGGUACUCGGCAGAGGAAGGUGGCAUGCUAGGCUCCCAAGCGAUCUUCUCUCAAUACAAGCAAGAAAGACGCGACAUCAAGGCUAUGCUCCAGCAGGACAUGACCGGUUACAUCCAGGGGGCUUUGAAUGCUGGUCGUAAAGAAGCCGUGGGCAUCAUGAUCGACUAUGUCGAUCGAGGUCUGACCCAAUUUCUUAAAGACGUGGUCACUGCCUAUUGCAAUGUGGGGUAUCUUGAGACGAAAUGUGGCUACGCUUGCUCCGACCACACAUCAGCAAGUAAAUAUGGCUACCCCUCCGCCAUGGCUACUGAGGCUGAGAUGGAGAACACCAACAAGAGGAUCCACACGACGGAUGACCGGAUUAAAUACCUGAGCUUUGACCAUAUGUUGGAACACGCGAAGUUAACUCUUGGCUUUGCUUAUGAGUUAGCAUUUGCUUCGUUUUAAGGUUGGGCAGCGUCUCUAAUUCUUAAUCUUGGUUAUGAAUCACGACUUAUCUCUAACAGCCCAUGAGUGUAGUAGCCUUAGAAAAUCGAUCUUUAUCUACUUAGUAAACUACCUUCAGGAUUAGUCAAUGAUUGGUGG